GGAACUAGAACAUGGUGGUGUACCAAAGUACCAAACUCAUUGAAAGGUGAAGCAGUAAAGCAAAGCAAAGCACAAUACCAAUAGUAUUCUUUAAUUUCUCUCUUUCUUCAGAGAGAAGAGAAAUGACGAAGGGCUCUGAUUCCUCUUCUCUGGUUCGUCUCAAUAUUGGAGGGAAGAAAUAUUGUACAACUGUGGAUACAUUGAGUCAGCGCGAGCCCGAUUCAAUGCUCGCCGCCAUGUUUAGCGGCCGCCACACCUUGUGCCAGGAUCCUCAAAAGGGAUAUGUUUUUGUUGAUAGGGAUGGGAAGCAUUUUCGGCAUAUUCUUAAUUGGUUGAGGGAUGGUGUUAUUCCCACACUGAAAGAUGGUGAAUAUUCGGAGCUACUCCGGGAGGCAGAGUACUAUCAGUUACUUGGACUAAUAGACGGAAUUAAUGCUAUUCUGAACAAGAGGAAGGAAGAUGAUGAGUUCAAUACUGAAUUGACGCGUACUGAUAUUAUCAAGUGUAUACAGUCCGAGAGAGUUAGAUUUCGAGGGGUUAAUCUUUCUGGUCUUGAUCUUUCAAAACUGGAUCUGUCACUUGUGGAUUUUAGUUGUGCAUGUCUGAAAAAUGUGUUCUUCUCACGUGCAAACCUUCUAUCUGCUAAGUUCCGGGACGUUGAUGCUGAGGGCUCCAACUUUCACAAUGCAACUUUGCGUGAGUGUGAAUUUAAUGGGGCAAAUCUUCGUGGAGCUUUAUUAGCUGGAGCUAAUCUUCAGAGUGCUAAUCUACAAGAUGCUUGUUUGAUAGAUUGUAGCUUCUCUGAAGCAGAUCUGCGUUCUGCACACCUUCAGAAUGCUGACCUUACUAAUGCGAAUUUGGAGAAUGCUAAUCUGGAAGGAGCCAAUUUAAAGGGGGCAACGUUGAGUAAUGCCAACUUGAAGGGUGCAAACCUACAACGAGCUUAUUUACGGCAGGUCAAUCUUCGAGAAACACAUUUGGAAGGCGCAAAGCUUGAUGGUGCCAACUUGAAUGGAGCAAUCAGAUGACAUUGGAGCGAAAUUGUAAAUUCCUAGAAUAGGUUGUUACAGUCACUAUAAUAUAUGUGCAGCCUAUCUUAUUUUCAUACCUUCUCUCAAUGAAAAUAUUGUGCAAAUUGUGGGUAGUUGCUAUUGUAAUUUAUUUAAAUUAGAGCUCAGUGCAAAAUACAUAUAUAUAUAUAUAUAUAUAUAUUACAUGCUUCUGGUUUAUAUUACAGAAUAUGCUUGUACAAAAGCAUUUUCAGAGAAGAACAGUGUCACUGGGGUGGUCAAGUGGCUUCGACGAGAUGCCUCAGUGGCUUCUUUUGUAAGCUCAAAGAUUGUAAACAUGGAUGUUUUGUUUA